AGUUUCAAUAUGCUGACUGAUUUCUACAAGGCGCUUUGUGCGCUAGUUUUCCUAAGUGCAGUCGUUUCUGGUGUUGUAUUAGAUCCAAGACCACUUGGACCAGAUAUAGGAUUUAAUCCAGGAUUUGGACCACUUGGACCAUUAACACCAGGAGGAUUUAUUAGAGGUAGUCAAUUAGUUGAUUAUUAUAAGGAGCCGCAAUAUACAAUAUUGAACGAUCAAUCCCAGUCGCAAACUCAAACCCAAUCACAAUCUCAAAAUCAAUUGUUAAAUAAAAAGGAUUAUCUACUGGAUCAACCUAUUUAUUACGAUGUUCUACCGCGGUCACAAGCACAGCAACAAAGUCAAUCUCAAUCUCAAUCUCAAGCUCUGGCUCAGGCUGAAGCUGAAGAAAAUUCUCUUAAUCAAAUCCAAAGCCAGACUCAAUCACAAGCCCAGGAGCAAUAUCUCCAAGAUCUUCAAGCGCUUUCUCAGUCUCAGUCUCAAUCUCAAUCUCAAUCACAGUCUCAAUCACAGUCACAGUCACAAGCUCAAGCCCAAGCACAAGCCCAGGCUCAAGCACAAGCCCAAGCCCAAGCUCAGGCUCAAGCCCAAGCUCAAGCACAAGCUCAGGCUCAAGCCAGUUUAUUGAAUCAAAUUCAAAGCCAGUCUCAAUCGCAAUCGCAAUCACAGUCGCAGACACAGACACAGACACAACAAAAUAUUCUAAGACAAAUCCUAGGCCAGUACCAAUCGCAACAACAGAUCCAAUUUAUACGAGAUCUUAUACAGCAUUCCGAACUAGAGAAAGAAACCCAAUUAAAAUUGCAGGAGCAAUAUCUAAUAGAACUGCAAGUGCAGAUACAGGAACAAACUUACAGACAGAGUGUGUUAUGGGCUAAGGCGCUGGCCUUUGCUCAAUAUAUAAGGAAGCUAAAGAUCCAGGCUCAAGCUGAAGCCCAGGCUCAUGCGUCGGCCCAAGCUAGAGCUGAACUUAAGGUUACUACUCUGGAUCGGGCAAAAACUAGGGAAAAGGUUAGGGCUGACGCUGCAGCUGCAGCUCUGGCAAGGCAUCAAGCCCUGGCACAAUCUCGGGCCCAAUCUCAAGGUUAUAUUUAUGCGGAAGCAUUUGCUCAGCUACAAGCUCUUAGGCAGGCACGAUCUCUAGCUAUAGACCGAUUCUUCAGACUAUCCCGAACGGAAGUAAGAGCUCAAGCCACCGCCCUAGCCCUACAGAAAACUCUUGCCAAAGCAAGAGCUGAAUUGCAGGUUAAACUGUUGGAAGAACUGAAGAACAGAAUUUUGGAAGAACGACGACGCAUCGUUAUUGUCAGGCAACCUGUACGCAAGAUUAUUUUACCCAAAUAUGUUGAAAAAACCAAAUAUGUGAUCCUUCCUAACACGAUUGAGUCUAACCAACAGCAAAAGCAAGAGCAGACACAGAUCAAUACCCAAGGCGGAGGACAGAAUCAGAAACAAAUCCAAACGCAGACCCAGACUAAUAGUAAAAUUCGCAAUGGCCAAGGUAAUAUAAUCAUUCUGAAUCCAGAAACAGCGAGAAGGCCGAACAUUGUGGUUAUCAAUCCAAGUGGCGGCUCUAACUUGGCCCAUCAACACCAGGAACAGACGCAGAUAAACAGCCAAGGUUCCAGCUUGGCAGACCAGCACCAGCAACAAAGACAGACGCAGACACAGUUAAACAGCCAAGGUUCUAACUUGGCACUCCAGCACCAAAGACAGACGCAGUCACAGUUAAACAGCCAAGGCGGCGGAUUACAGCAUCAGAAACAAACCCAAUCGCAAACGCAGUCCAACCUACAAGCCGAGUCGCAGUAUCAGGCACAGUCACAAGCCCAGGAAGAGUCCCAGUCGCAGUCCCAGACCCAAACACAGUCUAAUAUGCAACAUGAUAUUAAGGGUAUUUAUAGUCCCAUGCCUUUACACCAGAAGCAGUUACAGUCGCAAUCCCAAUCUCAAUCGGAGGCUCAAUCUGGAUCACAAGCUCAAUCGCAAGCACAAUCACAAAAAGCUUUAAAUGAUCAAGAUGAAAUAAUUGAUCUAUCCAUGUAUCGAUCUUUAAAUCCAAAACAAUUACAACUCCAAAAUCAAUCGCAACACCAAAAACAAAGGGAGGCCUUGGUACCAAAAGAGCGAGGUCGUGGCCCGAUGUUAACUUUGCAGGACGACAUUUCAGCCGAUUCUAAAUUGAACACGGUGGGACUAAUUACCAAGUACGGUUACCCCUCGGAGACCCACUACUUCAACACACCGGAUGGUUAUACGCUCUGUUUGCAUCGCAUACCCCGCAAAGGAGGCAAGGCGGUCCUCCUUGUCCAUGGCGUGAUGUCCAGUUCAGCGUCCUGGGUGCAAUUCGGACCGGCCAACGGCCUGGCCUACAUUCUCCACCGGAAGGGCUAUGAUGUUUGGAUGCUCAAUACCCGAGGCAACAUCUACUCCAGAAAGCACGUGGACGGUCGCCUGCCGCCGCGGAAGUACUGGGACUUCUCCUUCCACGAGAUCGGAAAGUACGAUCUGCCCUCCACCAUUGACUUUAUCCAGAUGAAGACCAGUGUGCCCGAAGUUAACUAUAUUGGCCACUCCCAAGGGUCAACUGCAUUCUUCGUAAUGUGCAGUGAACAUCCCAGAUAUGCCUCGAAAGUUCAGCUCAUGCAGGCCCUUUCGCCGACGGUUUACAUGCGGGAUAAUCGCAGUCCGGUACUCAAGUUUUUGGGCAUGUUCAAGGGUAAAUUUUCGAUGUUGCUUAACCUCUUGGGUGGCUAUGAGAUCUCUGCAAAAAAUAGACUCAUCCGACAAUUCAAAAACCACAUCUGUUCCCAAUCGGAAGUUGGCAGUAGCAUAUGCGGUAUAUUUGACUUUGUUCUCUGCGGCUUUGACUGGAAGGGCUUUAACAAGACCCUAACUCCAAUUGUGGCUGCCCAUGCCUCCCAAGGAGCCUCAGCCAAACAGAUAUACCACUACGCCCAGCUCCAGGAUGACCUGCACUUCCACCGUUUCGACCAUGGAGAAGUAUUGAACAAGCUGCGCUAUGCUUCACGGGAGCCACCGGCCUACAAUCUCUCCCAGGUGCUAAGCAAAGUUGUUAUUCAUCAUGGAGAUGGUGACUGGCUGGGAGCCGACUCGGAUGUGGCCCACCUGAAGUUACAACUUCCCAAUCUGAUCGAGAGUCGGAAAGUGGACUAUGAUGGAUUCUCUCACUUCGAUUUUACGCUUUCAAAGGAUGUGCGUCCAUUGGUCUACGAACAUGUCCUGCGUCAUCUCCAGAACGCCCACGUGCAUGAUGACUGGGAGUAUUUUAGAUAGAUUCCUAACAUUGAAAAUCAAUUGAUUCAAUUGUAUUCAUUUCAUAAGGUUCUAGUAAAGCCAGGAAUCGGAAACUAAA